AUGUCUUUGGCAACUUCCAAGACGUCGUGCUUGUCCAGCACAUUCCUACUCUGGGCCUUGUUGGCUUUUCAGUUCAUGACGGCGUGUCUUGCGCAAGAUAGCUUGUCUAGCAAUGCGGUUGUGACGGCUUCAACCACUUUGAGGAGUGCAUCAAGCAGCACUACCUCGGCGCCGUUACAGACACAUACAAUCCAGGUCGGACUAGCAGACCAUAGGAUGGUCCCUAAUGUAACUCGUGCAGCUAUAGGCGAUACAUUAGAAUUUAGGUUCUUUCCAUUGAACCAUAGUGUAGCCCGUGCCGAAUACCUCAUGCCCUGCAUUCCCUAUGAAAUGUCUGGACCCGGUAAAACUGGCUUCUUCACCGGCUUCCACCCCGUCUCUGCCGUCCUUGAUGAUCCACCCUCUUACUCGGUCCGCGUCAACGACACAAACCCCAUCUUCUUCUACUGUUCUGCACCGGGGUCCUGCAUCAACUACGGCAUGGUGGGAGCUGUCAACCCAAGUGAGGACCAGGACAUUGAGCAACAGCAUCAAAAGGCAAAGGAUAGCACCUACAUGCUGAACCCAGGCGAGUCCUUUCCAGCAGAAGGAGAACCCGACGCUGGCUACGGCGGCAUCAAUGGCACGGGAGCCGGUGAUGGCGGCGGCACAGUCGCAGACACCAAAGCAAACUCCAAAUCUAGCCUUUCCCCGGGAGCCAUUGCAGGCAUAGUCAUCGGCGGCAUCGCCGUCCUCGUCCUCGCCGCCCUCUCGACCGCAAAGCCGGAACCCUACGCCGCAUCAGCUCAUCCUCGCGCAACAAACCUCUACACAACAUCGAUCCCACACAAACCCCUCAUUCUCCGCCACCGACCACUUCCCCAAGCACAAACGGCGGAUUGGCAACUCUGGGCUACCCGUUCAACAACCCCCCCCACUCCUCACCCGCGAUGA